UACAGUUGAGAGCUGCCUCACUCAUCAAAACACAAAACAAGUCUGACUGACUUACCUUUGAUUUCGUCGAUCCAACAUCCUGACUUCCUUCUUUCACUUCACACUUCACUUCACUUUAGAUUCAUUCAUGGCUUCCACUUUACCUUUUGCCGCUACUCUUAAACCUUCAACUCUACCUUCCACCACCAAAUCCUCACGCUUUUCUCACUCCUCCAUCUCUUUCCCUCUUCUCUCUCCUAAUUCCAACAACUCCCUCCGUUUCUUCAACAAGGGACUAUGCCCCAGAGUUAAGGCCCAGUUAAAUCAGGUUUCCCUUGAUGGUUCUUCCAAUGAUGUGCCUCAUGUUAAAGCUAAAUCAGAUGUGGAACCACCGACGGAACCUUCUAUUGAACUAUCUUCUUCGAUCCUGGAAAAUGAAGAAUCAAUCUCUCAGUUUUUUAUUGAAGUUGCAAGUCUUGUCAGGCUUGUUGAUUCAAGAGACAUUGUGGAGUUGAAGCUGAAGCAGCUAAACUGUGAAGUAAUAAUUAGGAAAAAAGAGGCUUUGCCUCAACCAGAAUAUGCUCCUCCGCCUGCAGUGACGUAUUCACCACCUUGGCAAACGGCACCCCCUGUUGCGCCAUCGUAUUCUCAGCCUCCUCCUACUCCUACUCCUUCACCUUCACCGUCAACUUCUCUCGUUCAUGUCAAGUCACCUAAGUCAUCACAUCCGCCUCUUAAAAGCCCCAUGGCAGGGACAUUCUACCGAAGUCCUGCACCGGGUGAACCACCAUUUGUGAAGGUUGGAGACAAAGUAACGAAGGGCCAAGUCUUAUGCAUCAUUGAGGCAAUGAAGUUGAUGAAUGAAAUAGAAGCUGAUAAGUCAGGAACCAUAGUUGAAAUCAUCACGCAAGAUGCCAAGCCUGUCAGCGUUGGUACUCCCCUAUUUGUGAUUGCACCGUAGAGCCGGCAAAGUAUUCAAGUAGGCGGACGAUAAUCUGCAGGUCGUGUUAGUUGAAAAGUGUGAGGCUUAUCCCAACCCCGAGGUAGAGGAAGUGUAGGAAGAUUUUGUUUUGAAUUGGGAUGUUGCAAUGUUGAGAAGAAUUACUAGCUUAUGAUGAGUUUGUUCCCACCCCUCUUAUUUUUCACUUUUCGAUGAUUGGACUAAGUUUUGGUUAACUUUUCUUUUGUUUUCAACUUUAAGUUAAGUUAUUGUGUGUGAUAUUUAUUCCAAGUCUUCUGUUUUUCCUUUUUU